CACUACAAUUUCCCUAUAUAAUAAAGACUGUAUCAAGAGUACUUCGCAUAAUUCAAAUUUGAUCAUGGACUGUUAUUUUUACUUGCACACAAAACAAGAACAUAUAAACAAUGGAAUUUAUAUCUAAGAAUGAACGAAAGAAAGAAUUCUUAUUUACAGCGAAUAUAUCAUGCAGGAAUGUAUUUAAUUUCUAACUGUUUUUGUUACUGAUUGAAAUCCUGUCGAAGUGCGUAAUAUCAUUGAAUAAAGUUCGCUGUCAUUGGUUUUUGCUUGUUGCUAAAAGGGCAAUAAUGAAAGAUUCAGUGUACUACAUUUCGUAGUUUUGACUAAAUAAAAUUUUGGAAAAAAACAGAUUAGAAGUUUUACUUUAACGAAAAACGCCGUUAGCGCAAAUAAAUCAAAACAUCAAUGUACGGAUUACUUUGCGUAUGUCAUUGUCACAAAUAAUGGUUCCAGUUCAUAUGUUGUCGGGUAGAGUAAGUUUGUACUUAUUUUAGUGAACAGUUUAUUAGAGCUUUAUUUAGAAAUCCCGAUCACUAUGGAAUGUGAAAUGAAAUACACACAAAUACAAAAUGCCCAAUAUAAUAUAUCUCGUUGAUGCUACAUUUCCAAGAAGGGUUAUAUUUCUUUGAUAACACAAUUAACAUUUAUAUGAAGCUUUCAAAUGCUCAUUGCAGUGCAUUUUGUUUAAAUGUAUUAAGUAAAUAUAGUGUUACAUAUGUAUAUAUAGCAAGUGCGUCUAAAUUUCUUAUUGCUUUGAGAAGUAAGAACAUGGUACUGCUCAGGUCAACAGCUCAUUCAUUUUUCUAUUUACACCUUUUACAAUGAAUGUCUGUAAUGUCGAGUCAUUUGUACAUACGGAGCAUAAAAAAAAUUUCAUUAUUUACCAACAAUUGUAAAUUUACUUGUAAGGCAAUCUUGAAAUAGUACAGAACUUUCUAUACUUUUAUCGAGUAAUCUGGAUAUCAAGAUUAUUGUAUAUAAUAUUAACGAGUUUAAACUAAGACUAUUUUUGUAGAUGGAUAGGAAAAUCAAACGGCGUGUGUGUAUGUUUACAACUUUAACUGUGGUUUACAUUGCUGGAUAUUUGUUAGUAACAUAUUAUAAGAAUGAAAAAAUCAUAUAUACUACAUACAACUCAAGAAGUCAAUAUUCAAUAUUUUCUGGAAACAGCAAAAGUACCAGUAGAACGGAAAAUAUAGAUAUGUCCCAUAUGUCCCUUACGGGACAUGAGGAGGCUCGAAUCAAAACAUGUGCACACAAUUUAAGUUUGAAAGUAAGAUAUGAUUCUGCACGGAAAUUUCUUACUUUGAAUAAAUCUCUUUGUUGGACACAUCAUACUUACCUGAAGGGGAAUACGUCUUUUUUGAUUGAAGUUGGAGGCAACAAAGGAGACGACUCUGAGAAAUUUCAAAAUAUUUAUAGUCCAAAACAUAUCAUUUUGGAGCCUGUCCUGAUUUACUACAAUCGUUUGACAGAGAGAUUUAAAGAAAACCGAAGAGUCACGGUGCUUAAUUUCGGGCUUGGUAAUGUCAGCAAACAAGUAAAUGUUGUUGUGCAUGAACCGGGAGGUCUAGGCACUUCUAUUUAUGAAAACAAAAAUGGUUCGACUGAAAUAACCAUUGUAAAUGCGAUCGAAUUCUUCAAAAACAUCGGAGUAGGACAAACAGAAGUAGAUUUGUUAUUUCUGGAUUGCGAAGGUUGUGAAUAUAUUGUUUUAGAAUGUUUAAUCAAAGCAAACAUGAUUCAGUUCUUCAAAAACAUUCAAUUUGAAGGGCAUUCCCAUCUUCCUGGUAUUAAAUUACCGUUCCAACGAUACUGCACGAUAUGUGAGCUGUUGUCACGUACCCACAGACCAACGUUUCGAUUUAUAUUGUAUUAUGAAAACUGGCGGCGUACUGAUCUUCCUUAAAAGCUGCUACAUAUCAUAAACUUAUCAUUUUAUAACCCCUUAAGUUGCAGUUUAUUAUGCUUUCAUUCAACCGAAUAACAGAGCAUAUAUUAUGCAGUUUUUUUUCGCUCCGUCUGUCUGUCGCCCCGCCUGUCGGUCAGUUUUGCUUCCUAUUGAUAACUUGAGACGUCAGUAAGUCAAUACUGAAGAUCAAAUUGACCUCGAUAUAGAUUAACAGUUUCUGCUAAUUGUCUGGAUAAAACUUGUCUGGUGAAGCCUUUACCUUUCCUGAUUAUUUUCAAUGUUCAGUAGAUAACCCAUGCUGUAUUAGUGAGGGUAGGUAGGUCAACGGUCAAGUUCAAUGUGGCUAAAAUAGUUUCCAAUCUAUGACUUCUGUAACUCUUUGUCAUAUGGUCACCUGAUUUUAUGCUGAUUGCCUGUGUUUACAUUUUUUGAUAAUCUUUUAUAGUCAGUGUGUCAAUGCCCGUGGUCCCAAUUAUCUUGAAACGGAAAAUUUUUAAUCAAUUUCUGGAGUACUUUUGGUUUACGGUUGCCACAUUUCAUACGAUUUGUUCUUGUGGUAAGUUAAAGAAUGUGUGUAUUUAGUCAAUGCCUGAACUCUGUUUUUAGCUCAAAAAGUCAAAGAUCAAGGUAACAUAAUAUUUAAGACUAACAAUUAUAUACUCCGUUACCUCUGACAGGCUUUCAUGGAGUUUUAAUCGUUUAAAGAAACAGACCCAUGCUACCUACAUGCAACGAUAAGCAAUGAAUGUGCUUAUGAUUAUUAUUAAACUCUUAACGUACUAUAACUGAUUUGCAAAUUUACUUAGAUCACUACCAUGUGUACACUUUGCUUUCUACAUUUUUUUAUUUACUGCAUGAAUGUUUCAUAUUAUUAUGUAGUAUCAGAUUUAGAACUGGAAUCGUUAAUAGCUAAGCAAAUAAAAUAUUAAGAGAACGAGGAAAUUGUUGUCUAAACACAGAAAUACUUAGACUUCAGAAUAGUUCAAAAAAUUACCUGUCAUCUCAAUAUCAGUUGAUUUUUCAAUUUCAAAGCAUACUAAACAACACAUUUUUAUAGCUUAAAUACUGUGGCGCGCUAAUAACACUUUAAAGUUAUGCAAACUAGGCUCUUGGUAAUCUAAUAAAAAAGUGCAAUAAUAUCAUAAAGCAUUUAACAUUUUACAAUGUUUAUAGCUAAAACACAGAGUAAAACACAAAAGGAACUAUACAAUGCAUUUUUCUGUGACGUCAUGUAUAUAUUUUAUC